AUGGAAAAAGAGCCUCCAGUUUCAUCUAUAAAAAAAGAGACGCCUUCGAAGAAAGUAAAAGUGGAAAAGGAAAAAGAGCCUAAAGUGCAGCCAAAGGUUAAGAACGAAAAGGAGGAUGGCGAGGUGUCGUCCAGUGAUGAUUCCAAUGAAAAUACUCGACCACAAAGCAACACCAAGUUGGGCAACUACGAUAUGUUCGAGUCACAGCAGUUGCCACAGGUUGUGGCACAUGCAACACAACCAAUUGAAGUUCCAACUUGGUCAUCGAACUAUAUAAACAGAAAUCAUGUUGAGCCUCGCGAUUCCUUUGAUCGCAGUCUGCAAGAACUGAAGCGGGCCAUGAAAUCGGCGGGAUAUAAGUGCGGUCAUCAGAGGAACAUUAAGUUUGUAAAGUCGAAAACUUCGUUGGAUUUCAAUGACCUGGACACAGAUCCUUACUACACGAAUAAACCGUCUUCGUCGGCUCCACUUGAGAAGACACCUGAAAAGCUUUGCAUUCCUUUUAUGCUGAAUGCCAAUCGCAGAGUCGAAUUCAAAUACGUCUACCCGGAGAGUUCAAGCAGCAGUUCGGAUGACUUUACAUCCACCACGGACUCUUCAAGUUCAUCCUCUUCAUCGCCACCAGCAAAACGUUGCUUUUGCCAACGCUCAAAGUUUAAAAUCUACAAUCGACGUCGCCAGAGACAUUUGCUCAGCAGCAGCAGCAGCUCCUCUGAGAGCGAUAGCAGCAGCUCAAGCACUCACUCCUCUGAGCUCAGUUCACUUUUAGAUAAUGCCAGGCAUGCUUUUAAAAUAAAAAAGCUUAAAUAUCAGCAGCAAAUUCUGCAGGAUCGUUGGCGCAAAAGCAUCAAAAAAGAGCGCGACACGAGUUGGCGCAAAAGCAUCAAAAAAGAGCGCGACACGAAGAAGAAACGUAUUGCAAAAAGCAAAAAACGGCAUUAA